GUGAUGUUGGCUCUCUGGCCCGAGCGAGACACUCCCUGGACGCUAAAGCGCGUAUUCCUCUUUUACUUUCCGGGCGAGAAAUAGGUUAACCUGAUAUAUCAUUUGUCGUUAGUGAGUAUGUGUAUGUGUGUGCGUUGUUGUUGUGAAAUCUCAGGUGAUCAAAGUUUAAUAGGUGUUUUGUGUGGAUGGGAGGAAGGAAUUUUUUGUUUUCUUUUAUGUAAGCAGGUGGCGGUCACCAAAGGUUUUUUAGAAUGUGUUUUGACGGUUAAUUUUUAAUAGUCUUUGUUUAGCUUUAUAUGUGUGAUUGAAGGCUGUCAAUUUCUUUUAUUAAAAGUUCGAAUAUUAUUAUCUUUUGAAAAUUUUCUAAUAUUGAAUACGGUGCAUGAAAACAUGUAAAUAGAACAGAUAUUUCAUUUGCCAUCAUUGCUAUAUAGAAUUUAGUCCAGUGAUUAAUAUGCACAUUCAGUUGGUUUAAAUUUUGAAUCAUUUUGAAAUGAGAAAGGUGCUGCUUUUAUUUAGGUUGACUUUGUUCCGAACGUAUUUUUAGCACAUCAUUUAUUCCGUAAUUAUAUCGAUUAUUGAUUAUUUAAGAAUAUUUAAUUGUUGCCUUUUAUAAUAUCCAGUAAGGUACAGGAUAUCUUUAUUCGAAAUUGACGUAUAAAUUAUUUAAUAUUAUUUAUUAUAUUAUUGUUAAACGCAAUGAUGAUUUAUUAUUAUUGUUUUAAGAUAUCAAAGUUCGAUUUCAAUGGCUUUAAACAAUAGAGAUAUACCGAGAAUUUUUAUCUUGAACUUAGAAAGACAUAUUUUACAAAUACUAUGGAAAUGUGGUUUCUAUUGAGCACCAAACAGCCCAAGUGCAAAGUAUUAUUUUCGAAACCUUCAGAUUUUUCAUAAAUUUUCUACAAUUACACAUUGAGAUGUGACAAGAAAGUCUUUAUUAAGAAGAAAAAAUUAAAAGCGGACGAGACGAAUGACGAACAAACAAAGAAUGUCGUUUUCACGAAAAUCAUCAGCACCGUGCCACCUAACAAGUGCGAAAAGAACACAGGAGUUUGUUGCAAAUAUAUCCAACGAGUGCAAACCAAUGUAAUUACGGAAGUGAGAAAACAGCAUGGCAAGAAAGUAAAGGAAAAAAAAGCAAGCAAAUAAAACGAGGAAAGGACUGGUCGAGCCAAGACGGUAAUGGUUUGACUUUUAACAUUCGGCGGCGGCGCGUACGAGCACCGCCGAGGACCCCAGGAUGCCCCAGGGCAGCCUACAAUGGCAGGGUACCCAGAGACGGGCUUAUGCACCCGGUGCUCACUGGAACGUUCAGGUUAUUACGCCGAUCAAUUGUCAGUUGCACAAGAAGUUAGGGGGAACCUCACGAUACGAGUUAAAAACGAAUCGAGAGGCUUUCAUCUCAACAAUUUGAGCUACGCUGGACCUAUUGUCAUGGGUUUUGGAGGUUUCAUCAUAGUAGCAGCCUGCGUAAUGACAUUCGAGGCUCGGGACAGUGCAGCGAAAGUCGUGCCAGCGCGAUACCGCUUCAACCAAGUCUCGACACUGAAGAACGCCAAGAGUCAACGAAACCGCAAGUCAACCUCCAGCCAGACCAGCAAGUGGGAUCAUCAGCUCGGACUUUUCCGUGUCAAUCGCAGCCCAAGCCCAAGUCUUCGUGACAACUCGCGUCGACAAUUUACUCAAGAGCUUAUGCAGUUCUCCAAGAAUUUGAACGAUAAAGGUGUGACAAAUCCGAUAAAGAAGAGUCCGAGUGCCCCGUCGCUCAUUGCCAAAAAAUCGCCAAGGCAAAGGGCGCCAAAGUUUGCUAGUGGCUGUGCUUUGCUCAAUCCAGAACUGCUCAAGAGGCAUGCAAUUUCGGUGGAUAAUCCGGGAUAUAAUCCACAACAGAUAACGUUAGAACAUCAAAAGUUGUCUGGAAGUCAAGCAUCGAUGGCUAUGGACCUACACCUUCCAAAUAAAGGUCCGGUAACGUUGAAAGUGAAGGAUCGAUCCGAUACCGCUAGACGUCAUCAGUUGGCACGACAAACAAAGAUCGAAGACGCUGAAGAUCUUGAAGAUGCCAAGAGAACUGCGGCGCUCAAUCGAUCUUUUUCACCUAAGCUUCCUGGCUCUAACAUAAGAUAUCCUGAUGACUUCGUGCCACGCAAAAGAAACUCUAUAGAUAUAAAAAUUUUAGAGGAUCUCGUAGCAAGAGACUGGUCGAGAACAUCGCCUAGAGACUUCAGAAAAAUUUCAUCACCGAAUUUUCGGAAAAUGUCAUUAGACAAAUUAGGCGGUGAGCGGAGGUUAGAUAAAUCUGCAAGUUUUCGUAAGGCAAGUUUGGAGUUUAGACGAAGUCCCGAUUUCAGGAGAACAGACUACAGAGAGUAUUCGAUCGAGCGUUUCACCGCAGACUGUGCCGAGUAUCUCGCGGGCGAGCUUGAGGGUAGAACUCGAACGAGUAGUGGUGAGAAUCUUCAACGCAAAACCCGUCAGCAUCCAAAGCUCUAUCACUCGCGUUCGGACGAUAACCGGAGGAGGUCCUUCGAUAAGCACCGUGGUGAUUCUCAUUCCAGCCGUUAUUCCUUGAAUACCCAGGCAGUGGUCGAGGAUCGUUCAGCCGCUGACUACGAAUUGAAAUACUUCACGGCGACUACAGCAGCAACAUCCCUCGAUACCGAGGAAAGUCGCUGUGACAUAAGCGAUACCGACAGCCACGCUUAUGAAGAAGGACUUAACAGUGCAAUCGCAUUGUCCGACGGUGUAAUCGAGGCAGACGCUUUACUCGAGGAACCCGAACUCGAGAACGAAGUCGACAUAGAGCGAAGGGAUUCUGCGCAUUACGCCAAACAAGAGACAUUGUCAUCCGAGCAAACAUUGGUGGAUAUUGAGAGAGAAGACACGAGUGAAGGUAUCGAGGAUAUCAAGAACGACAAAGAAGCUGAAAAGAGUGAAACUGUCGUGGACAUUGGUGAGGACUAAACUUGUUAAACGUUUUAUAUGUAUAAAUGAAGGUUUUUUCGGUUAUAUUACCUUUGCAAGUGGUGUUUAGAUUUAAGUGACUCGGUGAGUUUUGAAAUAUGCACGUAUGUUGAAAAACGGAGAUUUUUUCGUUAUGGUUAUGAAUACAUUGGCAGUAUUAUACUCUUAGGUAACUAGUCAUGUGUAGUGUAACUAUAGUGAGAUAUCGUGAGAUAUAUUAACCGACAAAGAAACAAUAAUUUUUAGCUGUUUCGUGUUUAUACAUCAUACGAUAUUUCGAGAAGCAUAAGAAUUAUAAAUGAAUCUACACUCGUUCUUGACCUCCACUUUGUACUUUCGCUAUUAUUCGCUGACUUAUUGCAAAACCUAUCAAACCAAUUGUACCUGAAUAUUCAACAUCCAAUACACAGUUUUAGCGAUCACCCCGAAUAUUCUUUUCUUUAUUUUAUCAAAGAAUAGUAAUUUAUUUACAAGUUCGAUUGUGCAUCAUAUCGACGAGACAAUGCGUUCAAAAAAAAAGUACAAGUUAAGUCAACGACUUUGCUGAAACCACUAAAACAUAGUAGACGAUGAAUGGGAACUGAGAAAGUUACAUUUUUGAAUUGCGUUUUGUAUCGAGACAAUCAUCUCAUUAAGAUGUCAUCACUUAUAACAUCACGAAAGUAAAAGAGAAAAAUUUGUGGAGGAUAAUAAUGACAUCGCUUCUUGCCAAACUACCAUGUACUUGUAGAUAUAGUAUAUACAUCAAAAAAAGAACUAAUAAUAAACGAACUAUCAAUAUCUCUUCGACUCGAGUGGCCUAUACAAGCUGUAUCAUUUCCUAUACAUAUAUUCUUACUAUUAGCUCUCCAAAAGCACUUUUUCUAUAUAGCAGUUGAAAAGAGACGAAUAAAAGUUAUGUUGUGGUAAUUAUAUGUCUAUAUUUCGACUAUAAUCCGAUUUUUCGAAGACUUUUUUUACUAAUGUUGAUCGGCUCGCUUGACUUAUAUACGAUCGGCACGUCCACAACAGUAGUGUAAAUAUAUUUUUGUACCCUGUAUAGCCACGAGUCUCGAUUAAGUGUUGUCCUUUAAAGUUAAUGUAGGAUCAUUGUUGGUAUCAAAUAAAAAAUGUUAUGGAUGUCUAUACAUAUAAAUUCCUCAAACGAACCAAGUUUGUUAUGGGGAGGACUGUUACAUGUUGAUUUUUUAAUGAAAUACCUCUACUUGAAAAAACUAACAUAAUAAUAAAAAGUAAAAGCAAGGCAUAUAAUUUCGUGAGGUUUUUAGUAUAAUCAGGAUUCACUUUGUAUAAUUACCUCGUUCAAAUGCAAAAAAAAACCGAUUAUGCCAAUUUAGAUAAGAUUCAACAAGUUUAAGAAGAUGAUUAAUCUGAUGACUACUAUUUAUUAAGAGAAAUUUUAGUUUGAUAUUACCAAUACAAAGGAUGAAUGAGGAAGAAUAAAUAAAACAAUAAAUAAAAGAAACAUGAACGUUUUUAAUGUUGCAUUUUUAUUAGUUACUGUUACGCAAAGUGUAGAAAUAUUUUGAACGAAACGCAAAAACGUUUUUUAAAAGUUACUAGUCCAUAUCCUAGUUAAUUUAUUUAAUAACUCUCAGAAAAACUCAAGAAAUUUAUUAUAAAAAAAAAUUUGUAAUAAUUAGUUGUGAAUGUAGAAUCAUAAAACAAAUCCGCAGCUCAUGUGGCAGUCAAUCAGAUUAUAUCCG